GACAGGUGGCGGUAGUGCAACAAUGUGGAUGCAAGACGCCAUCAAACACAAAAGAAGAAGAAGACAAUCUUGUCCAUGGGGAAGUGACGUAUGGCGGCUCGCCGCUGUUCUUCCAGUUGAAUCAAAUUGAGACGUUAGAGACGAUCAAACAUUAAAAGCCGAAUUUAAUUCGAUUUAAAGAAGGAAACGGUGCCCAAGGAGCCGCAGCGAAGCUGUAUGGCGGCGGCGGUUUCUGUGGGAGGGCCAUCUCUCAUGAUGGAAAAUGGACAGAGCACCACCACUAAACUGGGUCUGCCGCCGCUCACUCCCCAUCAACAGGAAGCCCUGCAGAAGUGCUUCCAAGAUUUUUCUACUAUUAAGAACGAUAUCAGGCUGUUGGCGACUUCCCUUCCGUUUUCUCUGAUGACGCUCAACAAAAGCAGUUUAAGAACCAAAAUCACCAAUGACCAUCUCUGUGAUGUCCUUCACCUCUCAACCACCAAACUGACUCUGGGCCUGCCAGCAAUCCUGCAGGCCAAGGCAAAAAAAUAUGCAAUGGAGCAGAGCAUCAAAAGUGUUCUGGUCAAACAGACUCUGACUCAUCAGCAGCAGCUCACCAGCCUCCAGAUGGCUUCUCUGACGAUGGGUCUGGGAGAUGCUCUGUCUCCUUUGCAGUCGGUAGCGGCUCAGCGUCAGAGAGCUCUGGCCAUCAUGUGUCGAGUUUAUGUUGGCUCCAUCUACUAUGAGCUGGGAGAGGACACGAUCAGACAAGCCUUUGCUCCAUUUGGACCAAUCAAAAGCAUUGACAUGUCCUGGGACUCUGUCACCAUGAAACACAAGGGUUUUGCCUUUGUCGAGUACGAGAUGCCUGAGGCGGCUCAGCUUGCUCUGGAGCAGAUGAACUCUGUCGUCUUAGGAGGCAGGAACAUCAAGGUAGGGAGGCCCAGUAACAUCGGCCAGGCUCAGCCGAUCAUUGACCAGCUGGCAGAGGAGGCUCGGGCCUUUAACAGGAUCUACGUGGCCUCGGUACACCCCGACCUCUCAGACGACGACAUCAAAAGCGUUUUCGAGGCUUUUGGGAAAAUCAAGUCAUGUAUGUUGGCCAGAGAGCCAACCUCUGGCCGGCAUAAAGGCUACGGCUUCAUUGAAUAUGACAAGGCUCAGUCUGCUCAGGACGCUGUGGCUUCCAUGAAUCUCUUUGACUUGGGGGGUCAGUACCUGCGGGUGGGGAAGGCUGUGACUCCACCUAUGCCCCUCCUCACGCCAGCUACCCCCGGAGGACUCCCUGCUGCUAUUGCUGCUGCCGCUGCCUCUGCUGCGUCGGCCAAACUGACUGUUCAGGACACAGUUGGGGCAUCAGUGUUUGGAGCUCUGGCUGGACCAGCACUUCUGUCCCAGCAGCUGGGAGGACUUCCACAGGCCGUCAUGGCUGCCCAGGCUCCAGGUGUCAUCACAGGGGUGACUCCAGUUCGGCCCGGCCUGCCUCAGGUUGGUCUGGUGAACCCAGUGCUGGCGACACCCCCAGUGUCCCUCGCCUCUUUUGGCAUUGAGGUGAAAAGUAAAGAGGCCGACGAGGAGCGACAGAAGGAGGUGCAGCAGGAUGGAGCCACAGAGCAGCUCAGUGAACAGGAGCACAUGAGCAUCAGCGGCAGCAGCGCCAGGCACAUGGUGAUGAGGAAGCUGCUCCGCAAGCAGGAGUCGACUGUCAUGGUCCUCAGGAACAUGGUCGGUCCGGAAGACAUCGAUGAUGACCUGGAAGGCGAGGUGACAGAGGAGUGCGGCAAGUUUGGACAGGUAAAGCGUGUCAUCAUCUACCAGGAACGUCAGGGUGAGGAGGAUGACGCCGACAUCAUUGUUAAGAUUUUCGUAGAGUUUUCGGAGGUGUCUGAAAUGAACCGAGCCAUUCAGGCGCUUAACCACCGCUGGUUUGGAGGACGUAAGGUGGUGGCUGAGCCAUAUGACCUAGAACGCUUUGAGACCAGCGACUUGUCGGCAUAGAACUGAUGUGCAAACGCAGAACCAUGUGAACUCAGCAUACAGUUGAGGCCUGAGUUUUAUAUCAGUGUCUGCUUCAAGAGAAACUUUUCCUUUCUUCUCCAUUUAAAGGACCGUUGUGGGGUUUAUGUUUUUAUUCUAAAUCCCUUAAAUUGUCCAUUCCUGCUCAUCAUUGGUUUCAAACACCUGCAAGUUUGAGCUCAUUUUAGAUUAAAACAAAAAACACGUAAGUGUUUUAAUUGUAAGAUUGUAAAGAUUUUUUACUUUUACAGGGGAACCUCAGUUUGUUUCUUUAAUACCUCAUAUUUUUACACAUCGUAGUAAACCCAAAGGUUUGCAGGAAUUGAUCAGAUCACAUACAUUCAGUUCUGUGCAUAUUAACUGUCCCGUUCUCCCAGCUGUUCGACUUCAUUUAAUUGGGGAUUUGAACAGCUGGAAGUGAACAGAGACCCUACUGCAGGUAUAUCUGGACCAUCUCUCAUUCUGGAUCCCUACAGAAUGAUGUGUAAACCUGUCAGAACAUGGCUUAACCCAUGAUCGCAUCAUUUAAAACUUGUGCUGCGUUCAAGGACUCUUCAGUAGGUCACUAGGACACGUAAGUGAUGAACUGGUUGCAAAUCAAUUUGAUUCAGAUGUUAAAACAUCAGGAGCAUCUGGAUCUUUGUCCUCUCAAUGGUUCCUGAAGGCAACACGUCACUGUCAAACCAACUUUGUGUUGUCCUGGUGAAAUACGGUUUUUGUGACACUCUGAUCAUGAGGGGAAAACAACAUGACUCUUCAGAGGCUGUUGGUUCAUUCUGGUGUUCUUCAGAUUUUUUUAUAGUCAAACACCAAAAUGUGUGAAUAAACGUUAUUUUUAUGAUUCUGUUUUAUUGGGUUUUAUAUUAAAACUUUGUUUAAAAUAUAAUAAAUUUUAAAAUUUUAUUUUAGUGAUGUUUGUUCAAUUGUUCAUCACGAUUUUUUACAGAUUGUGAGCAGCUUUAAUGUUAUGGCGUCACUAAAUAAAAAGAUGACUUGAAAAUUCAAAAUCAUUUAUAGAAUCCCCGUUUGUGUAAAUUUUUGUCUAGAAAAAUCUCAUACACGUUCAACAUUUGUGACUAAUGUUUUGUAUAACUAAUGCAUUUAAUAUGUACUAUUGGUACUUUUUGAGAUGUAUUGAAAUUGUACCUUUAUUUUAAUAGAUAACGUUUGUAACAGAACUGGCCAUUAAACGCUCUCCUUUUACA